GAUUGGGAGAUCCAUAGGGCGGCGCACAAUUGGCCCAGCGUGGACAAGGUUUGUUCGGGUAGGCCGUCAUAGUUAAGAACCUAUUCUUAUUUACAGACUUACCUAGUUAAAUAAAGGUUACAUAAAAAAAUGUGUGUUCAGGAAUGUAUUUGUUCUCCAGUCCCUUUAACCUGACGCUAUUUUGAAUACAGUAGCGGCAGAUGUCGUCGCACAUAGGCUGGAUCACAUGGUACGCAUAGUGUGUGACGUAGUAGGUUAUUGGAUAGAAGAGGAAGAGAAGAUGUCUACUGCCAUCCUAAUAUAGCAGAAAAUAAAAACAUCGACCCAAUUCAUUCUACACUCAUCAUUUAGCGGUCUAGGCUACAACCACUGCAUGGUAUUGUUGCAUAACGGUAUCAAUGGCUGUGGCACAUGCGAAACAAACGGUCCUAAAUCCGGUGAUUCCAUUCACUGGGGCCAUACCUGGGGGACUACACCCCGGGGAGAUAGUCCUUAUCCAGGGCACUGUUCACAAUGAUGCUGACAGGUUCCAGAUGGACCUAUCCUGUGGCACCAGCACUAAACCUCGUGCGGACAUCGCCCUCCACUUCAACCCCCGUUUUAAGGGCUCCCCGUGCGUGGUGUGUAACUCCCUGGUGCAGGAGAGUUGGGGCUGGGAGGAGACCCUUCAGCAGCUGCCCUACAGACAGGGAGCAGCCUUCGAGACGAUCAUCCUGGUCCAUGAUGAUGUCUUUAAGGUGGCAGUAAAUGGUUCUCAUUUGUUAGAAUACAAGCACAGAAUCCCACUGGACAGGAUUGACACAUUUUCUAUAUCUGGGAAAGUCAAGGUGCGCGCCAUUGGCUUUAUACCAAGCUCAGCAAUAUACUCAAUCUCAGGUGACCUGAGUCUCCCUUACAAAGGCAGUCUACUGAAAGGGGUGAGUCCAGGACAGCACAUCACAAUCAAGGGACACGUCAGCAUGUACCCACACAGCUUCACUGUGAACCUCCGCAACAACGGCAGUGAGAACAUCGCUCUGCACCUGAACCCCCGGAUGAAGUCGGCCCUGUUCAUCAGGAACUCCUACCUGAGUGAGUCCUGGGGACCAGAGGAGAGGGAGCUUCCCGUCUUCCCCUUCUCGCCUGGGGAGUACUUUGAGAUGCUGAUCCUCUGCCAGCCCCACCAGUUCAAGCUGGCGGUGAAUGGCUCUCACCUGCUGGAAUACAGGCACCGGGUGCAGGACCUGAGCACCAUCAACCAGCUGGAGAUCAUGGGAGACCUGGAGCUGAUGGACAUCAAGCUGUGGUGACCUAUGACAGAGGCAAGCUAGGCCACAAUGGGCUAAGCCCUAUUCUGGACGACAGGCCCGUUCACAACUCCCCCACCCUGGGCAGUGAGCAGUGCUUGAGCCAGCCUGAUUAUGGGUUCCAAUGUCUGAGCCAUGAGGUUUACAGCUGAGGUAGCCUUGGAUCUGUUUGAGUGGGUCUACAGGAUUUGACAGUAAUACUUGUAUGCACUAUCUGGUGCAAGGGAGGCUGGAAUAAUGUGUAAUGACAGGAGUAUUAUAGAAACAGCCCCAUUUACACCUUGCGCUAACCUGUGGGUUUUGUGAUCUGAUCAAGAUUUGUUGCGUCUCUAAAUAGUAUUAAAAUGUAUCUUAUCCAUCCGCAUUGACUGGAUUUCCUAGUCCCUCCCUUACAUUUGAAAUUAUUUAUUUAUUUAAAGACAAUUAUUAAUGCCACCUGUCAAUGAUUUAAAUGGUUUGACCCUCCAGAUCGGUUUACAAUGGCUUGUCUGACUACCUCUGGAGGUGGUCAGGAAGAUAUGACUAAUGUAUUUUAAUCCACUACACCGGUCUAAAAAUAUGGUCACAAUCAAGACAGAGGUCGCUUGUUAGCACCAGGUAUAAACUCAUUGGAAGGCCAUAAUGUCCAUUUACAUUGACAGGGACUGUGAUUUGGAAGGGCUCGACUAAAAUAUCUCUUGGAGCUGCACUGUUUCAUCAUUCUAAAAUUAAAUACUUAACCCUAAUCACUAAAAUACACUCAUUCAUCCAUCUCAGGUUCUUCAGUGCUGAAACAAAUUAUAGGAUGGUUACAGGUGCUGCUUGACAAUUCAGAAUAUGAAAAUCCUGAAUAUAUAUAUAAUGUUCUGUACCUGAGGGAACAUGUGGCUAUUUAUUUACCCUCUGUAGGAUAUGUUCUUCAAAUAUAAUCCAAUAGCUGUUUAAGUUCAUACAUUAAAGGCAAUAUGGCCUGAAAAGGUUGUCACAAGGUCAAACUCUUUCAUGUGAAAUGGCCAAAUCUAGUUGACUAAGCUCACCGACCAUAUGACCUAGGGCUGGGUUCAAUCCGUAUCGCCUGAAGACCAGCAUUAUAGCUUGAUUGAAAUGUAAAGGCAACAUGCGGAUACUGCAUUGGAAAUGACCUUCGCAUUUUAACAUGUCUCUUCCGCGAUAGGGGUUAAACCCAGCCCCUAGUCUAGUGCACUUCAAUUCAAGCACAACUACAAUACAGGGUCAAACCAAUUGCACUGGGUGGUGAUGGUUCAAUGAAAACAAGGGCUGGAUUAAAUCCGUAUUGCAGAAAGAUCUGCGUUAAAAUGUAAAGGUAAAUUCCGAUUGAGCUGACAUAUGCAGCGUUUACCGUGAAUAUUGCCUUUAAAUGUCAAAUCGAGCUAUAACGUGGAUCGAAUGUAUGACUGCAUGGCCACUAUUUUCAUGCUUGGCCAAAAGUCCAGCGCUAUAGCACGCUUAAAAUUUAAAGGUAAUUUCCAAUUGAGCAGACAUGCGUUUACCGUGAAUGUAGUCUUCGCAAACGUGGGAACAUUGCAAGUUCUUUCAGUCACCCAUUUUCAGCCUUAUUAUUUAUUUAAUAAAUUCUGUUGAUGUCA